CCGCCGCAGGCAGCGCGGGCAGCGCGGGAGCCGGCGCGGCCCCGGCCCCGGCCCCGCCGCCCCAUGACGCCCAGCGGGCGCCCCGCGGGGCCCCACCGCUCCCCCCAGGCCUGGACCGUGAAUUUGGUUACGAUGGAGACGGUGUCCCUGGAGCACCAGAUCCAGAGCGUGCAGCGGCACAUCGCUUUCCUGAAGAAGGAGCAGAUGGAGCUGCUUCAUGACCUGCACCUGGAGAUCCUCCGCUUGCAGAAGCACUGCUCAGAGCUCACCCAUGACCUGGAAAUGAAAGAGCUGGAGGCCCGCCAGCAAGAUGUCCUGGACCGGGAGCUAGAGGAGAAGUGCCGGGCAAUGGAGGCCCAGCUGCAGGAGAAGGAGAAGGACAACCUGGAGCUGCGCAAGGAGCUGCAGCACAAGGAGACGCUGGUGGCUGCGCUGCGGUCCAGCCUCCGCAGCAAGGAGCGCCGGUUCCUGGAGGAGCUGAAGCGUCGGAGCCACCGCAUCACCAUCCUCGACACCGAGCUGCAGAAGCAGACGGAGGCGGCCGCCUACCUCUCCCUGCAGCUGCACGCCACGGCCCAGCGCCUGCCGGGCCCCCGGGUGGGCGGGCGGCCGCCCCCAGAGCAGCCCCCGGCCGAGGGCAGGCCCCGGCGUCGCGGCCACAGGGCCCCUGCCCGGCACCCGCCCGGGGACAGUGGCCGCCCCAGGGACCUCGUGCAGGAGGAGCACGACGCCAUGCCCGACCCAGCCCUCUUCCUCUACACGUCGCGGCCACGCGGCCCGCAGCGCCUGUCGCCAGAGCCCCCAGCCCAGCCCCGCGGCUCCACCGGCGCCACUGCCCGGGGGCAGAGGCCGCCACGGCAGCCCCCGCAGGACCCGGCGGCCAGGGCCAGGUCGACCAUGGGCGAACCUGGAAAGAGGCAGGGGGCCGGUGCCCACGGUGCCCACCGGGCCCAGGAAUAGGCAACGAGGGGACAGCAUGGCCCGACCGGCCGGGAAGGCCUGAGCCUGGCAGCACUGGGGCGGGCGACCAAGGUUCUUUUUCCCCAUCCCCUGGUGGGGGUGAGGGGGCAGCAGAAAGCGGAUGCCCUGCAUGCACCUCCCACCCACAGGCAACCGGGGGGACUCCUCUGCCCGAAGGGUCUGAGCCGAGGGUGUCACUGGCGGGACAGGGGAGCACCCAUAACCUGGGCUGUGGAGGGGACAUGGUCCAGUGCCUGUCCAGAGCUUCCAAGGGAAGAAGGAGAGAGAGAAAGAAAGAAAGAGAGAAAGAAAAGAAAGAAGGAAAAAAAAGCAAGAAAGCAUUUCUGCAAUGAGGAGAUCUUCCUGCUGCUGCUGCCCUCAGAGUGGACACCAGAUGUGUUUUCCCCAGCCAGGGGUGCCGGGAGAUGUGUGUGCAGCAGCAACAGGCUGUGCAGCGUGUGGCUUGGCACAGUGGGAUGAGCUCAGCCAGGCCUCCAACCCUGGGCAUCACCAACACUGGGCUGGCCUGGAGAGGGCCCAGGACAUCAUCAGGAAGGUUCUCUGGGAUGUAGGCAGCUGAACAACAGUCCAUCCUGUGGGUGACAGAAGGAUCCCCUUCCAGGUCCCCUCCUGCACUCUCCUGUGCAGUGGUUUGGCUGUCUCUGAACUCUGUCUCCACAUGAAUUUCCCCCACAUUACAUUCACACACAGGACUCAGACAAGGUGGCUGGACAAGGGCUGGGAGCACCAGUCCCGCCAGUCCUCCCAUGGCUCCUUGCCCGCCACAGCCAGGCUCCACGUGCUGCUGGAGCAAGGCUGUGCCCUGUGCACCUCCGCACAGGGCUCUCGGCACCAGCAUUUCGGUUCUUAGGCACAUCUAACAGCCAGGUCUGGGUUUACCGCCGAGGGCUGAGCAGCCCCCCUGUCCUCCCUCAACACCUCCUGUCCAUCCCAGCACUGCAGUCAUAGGCAGCUGCCUUCACCCUGCUGGGGCAGCCUUGCCCGAUCUCCAGCCAAACCGUCAGCUUUACAAUCCAUUCCCUGGGUGUUGUGAAACACCCUUAGGAGGGGAGGGCUGCAGCGGUCAGGCAGGGCAAAGAUCUCGCUGCUCGGGCGCCCACAGGACCUGUGCUGCUCAGGGCAAUCCAAGGGGCAGGUUUUGCCCCAGCACAUGGGCUGCCAGCCCUGGCUGGCCCAGCUGUGCUGGGGCAGCAGUGCCCAGUGCCCUGCCUGGCUGGUGGGCAGCAGCCUCCCAUAGGACCCUCACUGCCUCCAUGGCUGGCACAGGCAGGAGGGAGCUGCAGGGGGUGAUCAGACCCCAUUUCCUUCCAGUUUGGUUUGAAACCUCUUCAAAGACGUCACCAUCAUAGACUAGUGAGGCUUGGCCUGCCCCCGCUCAGCCACAGUGUGCCCGUACAGUCAGAGCUGUCUAUUUUUGUAGUUCAAUAUUUAUAUACUCUAUUAAAAUGCUUUUAUGAGAUUUGCAGCAGCAGUCCCCAGGCCAGCUCUUUGGUAAAAACGAACCCCGAAGCAUGUGAGCUGCACUAGCAGGGCAGAAAUUAGCAGCUUUUGUACGUUUUCUUUGGCUGUAAUGUGAAUAGUCAGGCUUUGGAGGGCAAGACCCCUCUUGUUCCCCCAGGACACCUCUGAGGGCUUGGACCCUGCACUCUCCAGCUGCUCCCAUGGUCCCUAACACACCCCUGGGUUUGGGAAGAAGCGCAGCAAAGCCACGCUGGACAGGACCCCCCUGGCAGGACCCAGGCAGCAGCUGCCCUGGCUGAAGGCCGGCCAAGGUGUGCAGCUCCUGGGGCACAAAAGCUCUAGCAGGAAAUUUUUGAAGUCCCUGACAUGUCUGGAACUGCUGCCUUGGGAGCACAGAGCCCCCACUAGCCCCCACCUGCCUCCCAGAUUGUCACCCCUGCAGGAGGCUGCACAGAACAUGUCCAGGGCACUCACAGGCCCUGGCAGAGCACUGUGUGCCCAGGCUGCCUGGGCACCUCAUUCCUGUGAGUUGCCCUUGGCCUCUGGAAAUUGCUGUUUCUCUCAGGUUCUGAGAGGUUCUACUGAGGAUUUGUCUCUCUGUUAAGGUGAGAGAGGCCAGUGAGUGUCCCUGUGUGCUCAGCUGUUCCUGCAGCUGUGGUGCACAAAGCUGCUUCUCCCGUCCUUCCUAGACAAUCCCGAUAGACACAAUAUGAUGCAUUUUUAUUACCAACUCCUUGAUGAGAUCAUGGAGCUCAUGACUGACCUGAGCAUUGAAAAGGGGAGGGAGAGGUAUGAUCCUUCUUCUAUGUAAAUACCUUCCUAACAAUCAUCAUCCAUAGUGCCUAGUAUGUAAAUGAAGCAACCCUAUCUGAGCUGCAGGAUCCUUUCCUCUCCACCACUAAUUAGCAGCUUGCUCAAGGAGUUGAUCUCAUUCCGUCCCCUGAUGCCUCUUCCUCCUCCCAGUGCUCCCGGUGCGGGUGGGCAGCUGGGCAGGUCCGGAGCCCCAGAGCCCAUGGGCAGGCAGGCAGAGCCACCUGCAGCAAGGGGAGUGUUUCCCAAGGGGAUGAAGAGGGAGCACCCCAGUUCCCCCUUCAUGCCAAUGUAAUGUGCUUGGAAAUGAGUUGUCAGGGUGAGCCCUGUGCUUUUCCCUGAGUACAUUUGCCUCAGAGCAGGAAGGAUGAGCUCCUGCGUGCUGUGCCUGCUUCAGUCACUGCUGCUUUUCUGGGGGAGAGGGUAGCUCUAGAGAUACUAUAUAUACACUUAUAUAUAUAUAUAUAAAUACACAUACAGGCACUUGUUUUGAAGGGAAUACACUGUAUGAUUGUAAUAGAAAUGAUGUUGAGAUAAAUUAUUUUAAUCUUUGUAUUUAUAUAAAAUGAUCAAAGAGAUCAAAAUUAUGAAAAAAAAAAUCAAAAAGACAGCAUUCCUAUUUUUUACUGAGAAAGCUGCUGGAGAUACUCCAAGCCCAGGAGCUGCUGGAGCACAGGCAGGGCCUGCCCUCCCCUCCUUGGGCUGGGGACUCUAACAGACCCGCCCCCCACUCACACUGUAAGUGAGCCCUUAGCCUGCAAGGGCUAAGCCUGCAAUGCACCUACAGCGAUCUGUAGGUGCAUUUAGUCUGUGCUCUGGACUCCUUGGGAAUCCAAAGGGUGCACGGAGCUCUGACCUGUGCCACACACCUGAGAGCACAGACCAAGGAGUGCAAUCACCAACACCUACGUGCUCUGUAUGGAACGGGCAGUGUUUGAUGUUGAUUUGUAAAGCUUAAUGAUUAGACUGGAAAUGGAAGCAUAGCAAUAACACUCGGUUGUUAAACAACGUCUUGUGUGUAAACCAUUACGUGCUGAGAGCUGUCUACAGACUAACAGCCGGGCUCCUCUCCUCUGCUCCCCCUUUUAUUCUGCAGCUCUGCCGAGGCUCAUGGAUUUGAUGUGUUGGGUUUGCUAAUCUCUCUUUUCAUCAUUGUAGUUAUUAUUAUUAUUAUUAUUCCUAAUGCUGUCUAAGAAAGUGAUGUUGCAAAUGCACCUUGCAGCAGGUGUGGGGUGAGUGGUGGAUGGGUGAGAUGUGCCUGCUGCACUUGCUGCAGCAGAGCCAGUUCUGGUGAGGGGUGCACACUCCCCUGGACUUAUUUUAACCCUGUACAGAUCAGCCAGGGAGUUCUCCCUCUUGACCCCAUUAACUAAAAAGCCAUAUUUUCUGAAUGUGUUUGCUGGGACUAAUCUAAGUGCUUCCGGCUGCAUCCUUCCUAUCUCUGCUAGCCUCCUAACCCUCCCACUGCUGCAUCUGCAUGGCUCUGUGCAGACACUCUGCACUGGGCCCCACUGCCUGGGGAAGGUUUGCCCAAGGCAGAGCCCAAGGCUUUCUGGGAACUGCCUUAUGGCAUGUGAAGCCAGGUUCAGGGCCCAGCUGAGGGGUGCUCUGGAGGGGCUGAGGGGUGGUCUCUCCGGGUGCCCAGGAAAGCUGGUAGCGACACAGCAAGAAGCAGCUCGAGCUGGUGGUGUGCAGGGAGUGCUCUGCUCUGCACAGUGCAUCUCUAUGCACAAGUGCCCUAAAACAAGCUCCCAGAAAGCAGAGGAGUGGCAGCACUGCAGUGCUGGCCAUGCCUUCCCGGGUUCUCCCCAGGCUCUCCCCACCGGGAAGGUAAAUCAGCAGCUUGAUGAGGGACUUUCAUUUUUGGGGCUUAGGUGAACCUUUCUGAGUCCUUGUGUGCAGCCUUGUGAACUUGCUCCUGCUGCCCAAAUGAAGCCACACCACCUGCCUUUUUCCUAGAACACCAGCCCUCAUGUCCCAGCAGCCCCAUGGAGCCAGUCUCACUGCACUGGCGCUACAGCUGCCUCGGUGCACGCCUGUUCUUGUCACUCUCUUGCUCUGUCGCUGCCUGGCUGCCAAGUCCUACAGGGAAUGCAACAGGAGGGGAGAGAACUCCCUUAUGCCCGUGGGUUGCCUCAUGCUGUGGAUAAGAUCAGCAGUGCCAGUGUGCCAGGCUGGGUGAGCAGGAGGAGCCUGGGAUCGAUGAGCACAGUGGCUGUGGAGGAGCUGCCAGACACUGCGGCCUGUAAAAGCACAAAGAUCGCUCCGUGUCCUCUCGCUGUCAGAGGUGCCCUUUGCCCCCCAGGGUCUUGUUUCUGCCUCUGUCCCCUCUCCUCCUGCCCUGCAGAGAUGCUGCUGCCCCAGCCACAUGAACGGAUGGUGCCUCUGGACAGAAGGACCUGGAGGGGGACAUCCAGUACUGCCACCAUAUCCGAUCCCUUCAUCUCACCCUCUCUCCCCUUGCCCCUUUGGGCAGGAACAGGGGCACGAAGCUGCCAGUGUGCAAGACAUGCACCCAACCCACACCCAAGUGGCGCCUGGUCCUCCCUGGACAGGGUGUGGUGAUGCCUCCCAGCUCUUCCCGAUAGAUUUCCCCGAUCUUGCGACUUCCAAAAAAAGCUCCCCUUUCUCACCAUUGCAAUUAUUGCAGGACUUAAACUACUGGGCCAUGGGAAUCCCCCAAAUCUUUGCAUGGCUGAAGCAUCAGACUCUCUCUGCAGCCCUGUGGGGACAAGCACUGUCUGUACAUUUCUAAGUCACUGUCACCCCAGUCUGUGCAGAGGGUCUAACCCUCAGUGUGGUGACAUCACCCCUUCCUGGCUGGAGCUGUGCCGGGACCCUGGGGAGGGCUCUGACAGAGGGAGGAGGAGGGCAGCACCCGUGGUACCUGCUCCCCUGGUCCCAGAGCAGCUGCAGUUUUGUUGGAGCAAAAAUAUUGUCCUUGGCUGAGUUUGCAAAGCUCAGUGAGAACAAUAAACGCCUGUGCCUCAUGCUGGGGAGCGCCGUGGAGGGACAGAUGCCAAAGGUUUGACACUGCUCUGCUUUAUUUGAAUGUUCAUCUCGCUACAUGUCACCCUUAUUUGCCAGGAUGAUGUUCACAUUGACUUUGCUUUUUAACCAAGUGCUUUUCAAAAUGCGUUAACACCCAGAGACUAGAGUAUGGAGCUGUAAUUUAGGAAUUGUUGUAAUAUGCCUUUUUCUUAAUAAAGAGAUUGAAAUCUGCA